AUGUUUUCAUCCGCUGGGCAACAACAUCCUCAAAUUGUUCCUAAAGAAGAGGAAUCUAUAUUAAACUAUCUGCUUGAGGUGAGAUCCACCUUGGCUAAACUUAAGCAAAAUAGAACUCAGUAUCUGAACUCUAAGGAUGUUCAAACCACUUACCAACAUGUCUUGACUAAAGUGAGAGAGCUGGACGAUAUUAGGAAAAAUAGUCAUGACACUCCGGCCAAGAGCGCUGCCACUUUAAUCCAUAGUACGGAAUUGCAUAAUAGAGUAGAUUCGGUAUUGGAUGACGUCUUCCAAUUGUUGUCAUUGUGCUUCUUAACUGUUGGCCUGAAAAAUUCUGCCCCUGCGACUUAUGCAUCAUUAUCGACUGUGGAAAGUCUUUUGGAACAUUUAAACGAAUCGAAUGUUUUUACUCAUCACGAUUUGAGUCCCAUUAAGGAAAGAUUAGAGGAAAUUAGCAAGAUUGUCGAGAAGAAAAAUGCUGGUCCUAAUUAUGAUGAAGAUGGGAACGACGGCCAAUUGAGAGAAAUCGAUAACGAAAGAAAUAAAAACAGAAUCGAAGAAGACUUGUUGCUACGUGCUAAAUUGAAGCAUUGCAAAGAUGAAUACGAAACAUUGGAAAGCAAACUAGAAGAAAUUGAUCCAUCUUUAUCUACAGUAAUGGAAAAAUUAUUCAAGAUUAGAAGAGGUUUAUUGUCAUUGGUUGCGUCUGCUAAAAAGACAAUGUCUCAGUCUAAUGUCAAUAUCAGUUCUUUAUUGCAAAAGCAUAAUGAUCUGGAGACAAAUAAUAAUGAUCUGAUGGAUGAUAAACAUUUAGUAUCCCAAGAAUACGUCAAUGAGAAGUUGACAGUUUUGAAGAACGAGUUGAACGAGUUAGAGUCAAACCGUGACGAAUCUGGUAAAUUUAAGUCCUUGGAAUCUCAUAAAGUGGCAGAAAACGGUCAAAGCGUACUUAAUGGUUUAUUAGAUGACUGCCAUGACCUGGUUAAUGACUUAUCGCAUCAGACAAACGGUGGUUUAACAUUAGAUCCAACUUUACAGCCAAUAUAUGAACAAUUGAUUGACAUAAAGACCACUUUAGAAAAUCUAAUGAUCACAAGAAGAUGGACCCUAAGAGAAACAGAUUUGUUUUCGUACCAAAAAAAGUUGAACGAAAUAGAUAGUAAGAGAAUUAAGGGCAAAUUUCCGACAAAAACCCAAGACUCAAAGGGGCAGUCAAUAUUAUUGUAUCUGUUGCGUAGAUGUUAUGCCAUAAUUUAUAAACUGUUAGAAAGUUCAGAACCUGUAUCAGAAGCGUUACAACCAGUUCAUAAUCAGUUAUCCACGGUUCGCCGUUGUCUAUUGGAAUUGAAAAGAAUGGGUGGUGUUAAUAACGAAAGAGAGUUAUAUCCAUACCAAAUGAAAUUAGCUUCAUUAGAUAAUCUAAGAACUGAUGGUAUAUUUUAUGACUCUGAUGGUAACAUACCUGAAGGCCAAGGUAUAUUGAACGCUUUAUUAGCAGAAUGUUUUGACAUCAUGCACGAAAUGAAAGUGGAAGCUGAAGAAAGAGCACAGAAUGCUAAUUCAAGCGACGAUUCCAAUGACGACUCCAAUGACGAUAAUGAGGGUUCGAUUGAAGGUUCGAACUCAAACGAGAGUGGAAGUGAAUCUGAACAUCAACAAGAAUAA